UUUUUCACCUGAACAGGUAAAAGCUCACCUGUAUGAAGGUAGAAAAGUUUACAAUAACAAAGAUAGCAAGACAGGACCUCACCCAAAUGCCUUUAUCUUGACAGCUGAACUAGACAAUUUCGCAGAUUUCGUGCGAGAAAAUCAGAACCAUGGGUGAGGAAAACGAGUUGACCCGUAUCUACCAUAUUCAGUAUGUUAGGAAUUCCAGGGCAAUCACUGUGGUAUGGGCCAUUUUCACUAUUUGCUUUGCCAUUCUGAAUAUUGUUGCUUUCAUACAACCUCAGUGGCUUGGAUACACAGAGAAAUCACUGAAUGCUGGAUAUUUUGGACUGUAUGAAGUGUGUACCAUUUUGACAGGUGGAGAACUGUCGUGUGAUGGAGACUUUUUAGACUUCACAACCAUUUUGAACGAUUCUUUUAGAGCAGCCAGUAUGCUUGUUGGAAUCUCUGCUCUCUUGUUUGUCCUGGCCAUCAUCUGUCUCCUGCUCUUCUUCUUCCUGAGAGCUUCAACAGUAUUGAAAGUCUGUGGUUGGCUUCAGAUGUUGGCAGGUAUUUGUAUGGGAAUUGCAUGUAUUGUAUACCCAAGUGGAUGGGAUGAUGUCAAAGUUCAAGCUGUAUGUGGCCAACAGGCUGGAAAAUACCAACUAGGAUGGUGUGAGAUGAGAUGGGCUUUUAUCCUCAGCAUUGUUUUGAUCUUUGAUGCCUUCAUUCUGGCCAUCCUUGCAUUCUUCUUAGCAGCCAAACAAGCUGAUUUAUUACCAAAACAGCAAAAGGAAAAACAAAAGACAUUCAGUAAUUUGAAUUACAGUUGGGGACAAGAAGACACAAAAGAGGGAUUUAUUAAUGGUGGAUUUACAGCAGAGUCCUUUGGAAGACAAUCCAAUGUCAGUAGUAUGCAACAAAACACAUCAUCUGAUCAGUCAGAGGUCAAGGCUGUCUUUAGGUCAAGGACAAGUAGCCAGGGGUCAAAGCAAGGAGGAAGUGAAUAUGGAGAAGAUAUUAAACUUUAAAUGUGAUUCUGCUGUAUUUACCAUUGUUUAAUCAAUCCACAUGUUUGAUUAGUUGAAAUUUUACAAAAAAUUAGUGUGUGUUUGGAAAAAAAAAUCAAUAUAGGACACAGUUAACAGUACAAUUUAUGAAUUGGUUGAAAAUUUGUUAUUUUUAAAUUUAGUAGAAUUUGAAUAGCAAUAUCCAUAUUUUACUUAUGAUAUGGAAUAAAUAUUCAAUAGAUGUUAAUUUUAUGUAUUGGAUGCAACUAAAUAAAUUUAACAUAUCUUGCCAUAAAAUUUGAACAUAUUAUUAUAGACAGUACCAUAUAUUCUUUAUUUUCAUACAUGUGGCUAUUAAUGUCUGGUCAUAAGAAGUAGAAAAGUCCAAAUGACAUAUUACAUUCAUGAUAUUAUAAAGGGUAUUUUUACUUAAACUGUAAAUUUUUGUUUUUAAUUAUUACAUGGUAAAUAUGGUGUUUAUCUUAGUGCUUUUCACAAAAUCUAUAAAAAAUGAACUUUAAAAGUUCCUAAUUUGUGAUUUUUCUGAAUUACAUGAAAAUGAAAUAAGAUCUCUAGUUAAAAGUUCCUGUAUGAUACAAGUCAAAUUGAUCAACAAAUAUUAGUAUGAGCAAACUUUGUAUUUAUAUUUUUUUAAAGUGUGUAUGUACUUGUUAUAUGAAAUUAUUUGUGUAGUUUGAAAUGUUUUUGAUCAUGUUCAUGCUAGAGUUGAUUAAUUGGAUUUUGCUAGCAGUUGGUGUUAAAACUGGCAGGAAUUUCUUUCAAAAAAUAAAUUUCUGUCUUUGUAAAUUGAAAGAAUCUGUCUAUAAUUUUAAGGUUUGUUACUUUAACUAUAAACAAAUAUUUUAUUUUCGUAGUUUCAGGAAGAAAUUAUGUUCAAGUGAUAAUUUUCAUAAUAUACUUCCUUGAGUUUGAAAGACCAUUGAUUAUCUGUUUAUAAAUAUUUUGCCUAUGACGUCGUUGAUGUUUACAUUGACAACUUCACAUGUGCCCUUAGUUUCUGAUGAUAAUUUUCUAUCUCAAGCAAGUAGCACGAUAUGAAAAAAUUUCACAAAAAAGAUCAAAGGAAAAAUACACAAAAUAGUGAUAAUUUUGAUGAUAUACAUUUGUACUAUUUUUUAGAACCUAUAUUAGUACCAUCUAAAACCAUACAAAUAUUACCACAUUGAAAUACAAGACAAUUAAUACCAGUAAACUUGUAACAAACAUACUAAUGAAAAUUAGAUGUUGCAAAAUUGAAUACUACAUUUAUUGUAAUGAAUCAAAUCUCAAAAUUGUUGAUGUUGAUAUUAAAGUGUUGAUGAUUUCCUGUCAGGUAAACCUUUUGAAAAACUAAAAUGCAAAAACCAAUCAUAAUUUAUAUAUAAAUCACUAUAUGAUCAUUCAAAUUAGUUGUUUUGAAUAUAAUAAUAUUUGUUUUGAUUUUAUAUAUUGAUUACAUGUUUAUUUAUAAAUAAACUAUUUAUACAAUU